AUGGGCCAACAAGCCUCCGUCCCUCAACCGGACACUCAACUCCAAGUCAUUGGAGCAGGACUCUCGCGAACCGGGACUGCCUCUUUCAGUGCAGCCCUGGAGAUCCUCCUGGACGGACCCAUCUAUCACGGCGGCACCCAAACCACCAUGGGCCCACCCGUUGAGAUAAAAUCCUGGAAUCAAAUCCUCCGCACCUGGCUCGCCGGCGACCGUGCUACUACCCUCUCACUCCUCCGGCGCCGGACCACCGGUUAUGCAGCCAUCACUGACGCGCCCGCCUCGCAAUUAGUGCCUGAGCUCCUCGCCCUCUACCCCGACAGCAAGGUCAUCGUCACAGUUCGCGACCCGGACGCUUGGGUCAAGAGCAUGCAGCAAAUCAGCUCGCUGGUUCAACUGUGGUUCCUAGGCGCGGUACUGCUUCCACUUCCAGGAAUGCGACAUUUCGUGACUUAUAUCUCCCUGUUGCGGGCACAGUGGGAUAAGAUCUAUGAUGGCUCAAGGGAUAACGCCUACGUCUACCAGCGCCAUAUCGAGUGGUUGAAAGAGGUCGUCCCCGCUGAUCGGCUGGUCUUUUUCAAUGUGAAAGAAGGCUGGGGCCCAUUGUGUAAGGCUUUGGGGGAGGACGUUCCGAAGGAUAUACCUUUUCCGAGAAUCAAUGAUUCUAAGGCGAUUGAUCGCGUGGCCGAGUAUCACAUUAAGAGAGGGUUGGCGCGCUGGGCGGUCGUGUUUACUGUGGUUGGGGUUCUGAGUGCUUGGUGGUUUAUGAGGGUUUGA